AUGGGCGCCUAUCUAUCCAUACCUGCGGCAAUGUACUUUUUGAGUCCCUCUAUAGGGACUUACUCGACCAGUUUGAACCUGCUAUUCUUCUAUAUGACUUGGAGUACAAUGGUGCUUUCCUUUCCUCCAUUGCAAGUCGAAAUCGUCGGAACACUAGCUAUUCGCGCAAUAUUCUUCCUGCUGCCUUCCUUACUCUUCCUGCUCUUCGACUCUCUCCUACCGAGCGUGAUAGUCAAUAUCAAGACUCAAGGUGAGGCAGCCUUGCCAACGCGGUCAGGAGGUUCGCGGGGUAGUAGGAAGGGAGGCAGGCCGCCAUGGUAUUUCGUUAUAGGAGUUAGUCUUCUCAACAUCUUGUUGAGCGUUGCGCUGCAAGUAGGGAUCGAGUUACUCUUCACACAAGUCCUCCAUAUCAGAAGUGCAUUGCAAGUCACAACAACCCUGCCAAUGCCCUGGUCCAUUGCGAAAUACGUCAUCCGAUCACUCUUUCUGCGCGAGAUCCUCCAAUACUACAUCCACCGUUUCCUCCUGCACCCCAGCUCCCCCACCUACAUAUCCGCGCUCCACAACACCUACUUCCACUCCAUCCCCGCCCCCUACUCCUUCGCAGCCCACUACGAUCACCCGCUCCCCUACCUCCUCAUCCGCUUCCUCCCCACCUAUCUGCCCUCCCUGCUCUUCCGCACCCACCUGCUAACCCACCUCAUCACCCUCGCUCUAACCACCACCGAAGAAACGCUCACGCUCUCCGGCUACACCAACAUCUCAGGCAUCAUGCUCGGCGGCAUGGCGCGCAGGCAGGACGCGCACAGCGAGAGUCGCGGACGCGGGAAUUACUCUCCGUGGGGGUUGAUGGACUGGGUGCACGGCACGACUGUCGGCCCGGAUGUGAUGGAUGAUGUGGGUGAGGAGGCCGAGAAACACCAUGUGAAGGAGCGGGGUGGGAAGGCGUUGGCGGAUGCUAAGGAGAGCGGGAAAGAUGGUAUAAGGACGUUGAGUGGGAGGAAGAAAGGCGCGAAGAGAUCUUAA